AUGGGCGACUGGUACAUGGACAAUCUCUGCGUUCUCGCGGUGGUGCUGGGUUGCAGCCCCGUGGUGUUCGUGCUCGCCUUCAUAGUCAUCAACAUGCGAGUACGACGGAAGUUCGUCGGCGCCGCCGCAGAGAAUCGAAAGACGUCGGACACACCGGAAGUUGCGUUGAUCAAGGCUCACACCCGGAUGGUUCGGCUUCUCUCAGUCGCUGGCAUCCUCCUGCAAGUGGUGCUUCUCGUGCGGAUCACGCGACUGUCGUCCACCGCCUCGUCCUACUCGCUCGCGCUCAUCCGGCCGGUGAUCAACCUGUGCGUGUUCAUACUCGGGUUCAUGACCAACACCCACGCCGCCUUUCGUUUGACCUACUUGCUGCUGCUCGGCCAGAUCGUCGUGUUCGACACCGUCGCCGAGGUGUCGUUCGCCAUGGUCAUCGACUGCUUGCAGACUCAGGGCAUCCAGUGCGGCGAGAUGUCGCUCUCGCUGACCGUGCUCCAGUUCCUCAAGCGCCGCGAAUUAGCCAGCCUCUUCCUGAGCCCGUGGGUGGCUCUGGAGACCGCCUACCUCUGCGUAGCCAUCGGCUUCUGCUCGUCCAGGUACUCGGCGCGACGGUUGUCACUGUCCCGACCCACGUUCAACCUCCGCGCCGCGCUGCUCGCACACUUUCCCGUUCAUCCGCGCCAAGUAUCGAACGCCGUAGCAUCAGCAGCAGCAGUCAAACGUCCUCGCUUUGCUGUGUAA